CAGCUGUCUGUCCUUCAAGACGCAUUCAUCCAUCGUAAAAGCUGCCCUGGCUCGAGGAAAUGGGCCAGCCUCCAUCUCUUCCCCUCGCCCACCCACACACGUGCCUGAACGGGGGACAGCAACACCAAGGCGUCCAUCUUGGUCUCACUCGUUUGCUCCAUUUCUCAUCGCCCCUUGGCCAACGUCUGCAGUUUCCAUGACCUGAGCCGGCUCUCGUCCGCCAGCGAGCGCCUCGCCUCACCCGAUGCUGGCGCCAUCGCCGGCCCUCGCCGCACCGUCAUGCCCGCCCUGACGCCCAACGACCGCCAAAGGCGCAUCAUCCAGCUUUCCCAAGAAUGGGGCAUCCGCCUCCCUCCCGCGCCGGCGCCGCUCUCCCGCCCGCCGCAGCCGCCCUCGUUCCGCACGCCUGCCGAUGAUCAGACCGCCGAGGAGCUCAUGCAGCGCCGCGCCGCCGAUGUCGCCCAGUACCGUCCCAAGAGCAGCAUCCGGCAGGCCUUUUCUUCCAACAACCUCAAGAAGGGCAAGAACUGGGACCCCCGCGAGGUCCUCGAGGUUCUCAGCGCAUGCAUUGCCAACGCGGGCUCCCCCGGCGUGGCCGAGGCCCUCAUCGCCAAGCUGGCUGCCGCUGGUGUCGACCUCGCUGGCGCGCAAAAGCAAAAAGGCGGCAUCUUGAACCGCCGCCGCAGCGUCGAUGGCUUUGGGGACCGUAGCAGGCUGCUGAGGCUGGCUGUCGACGGGAACCAGUUCGAAAUGGUGCAGCUGCUGCUCCCUAAGGUGGACUCCUUUGCCAUCGACGCAUGCCUGCCUGCCGCCAUCCGCAGCGGGAACGCGCAUAUUGUUGAGCUGUUGCUUCGGUACGGCGCCAGCGCAGCGCAGACUCCAGACGGACAGGAUGCUUUCCGCCAGGCCUGCUCGCUCCCUGGACAGUCGCACAUGGUCAGCCUCAUCCUGCGCUCGGAGGGUCGCCCACCUGCAUCCUUGGCCUCGGCCGCCUUGUGCGACGCCGCGAGAGCGGGCUGCCUGGAAACGGUGCUCCAUCUCAGUCGGUCCACCGCUGACGGAAAUCACAACCACGCCGAAGCUCUCAAGGCUGUGCUCAGCCUGGGCCGGCGGGACAUGGCACUAGCUAUUGUCAUGGGAAAUCGCCCGCCACAGCGGCCCGGCCUCGAUGAGGCAUUCCAGAUGCUCUACGACCACCCUUCUCUCAACCCCUCUACUAAGCUCGAAAUAGCCGAGCUCCUCCUUUGUGCUGGUACAGAUGGCGUUGUUUUGGCGCAGGCCCUUGAGAGGUCCUGCGAGUCACAGUUCUUGGACAUGGCGACUUUACUCGCUUCAUAUGGCGCUUCCGUCGAAUACAACGAUGCGACAACGCUCAAAACUGCCAUUGCGCGCGGGGAAUUAGACCUUGUCAGGUCACUGCUGCACGAUGGAACCGUGUUGAACUCUACCCUUGCCUCCAGCUGUGUACCUCUCAUCGCCAAGCAGGCGCCCUUUGAAGAUCGUUAUACCAUACUCAGCUUGCUUCUCCGCAAGGGGGCCAACGGUGUUGCCCUUGACGAAAUGUUGAUUGAUGCCGCCGAGGCGGGCGACAUGAACGUCCUGGACCUUCUGCUGACACCCCGGUUUCCCGGGAGCUCCCCGGCGUCGCCCCAUCACUCUCCGGCCUCUCCGGCCUCUCCGGCGUCAUAUUCCUCCGGCAGACACGAGGUUGCGUCGGUUGAUCACAAAUCUGGCGAGGCUCUGCGGACGGCUGUGCUUCGCGGCGAUAUCCAUAUGACGCAGAAACUUCUUGCGGGGCAGCCCUCUCCCGAGACACUUGCGAUAGUCUUUCCCUUCACCAAAAAGCUGUCGAACGUGGACCGUUACCAGAUGGUUGAAUUGUUUCUCAAGAGGUCAUUGUCUGGGCCCUGUCUGCAUGCGGCGUUGCACGACGCCAUCAACGAAGACGUCACCCAGCGAGACAACUCACUCAUCAAACUUCUUCUCAAAUAUGAGGCCGACGUCAACUUCAGCCAGGGCACCGGUCUGACAUCGCUAAUCAAGCAGCGAGACGUCGAACUCCUGGGCACACUUCUUCAGAAGGCAUCCCCUCAGACGGCGGCAGCCCGUCUUCAAGACGUGGUACAGGUGUCUGACCAUCGGGCUCGGUAUGAAAUGACGACGAUGCUUCUCACCGCAGGUGCGGCCAUUGGCACCAAGGAGGUUUCCUCUACGCUGCUUGAAGUACUCUCAGAGAAGCCCGUCGACAUGUCACUCUUGCGCCUUCUCCUCCAACAAGGAGAUGCUGACAUCAACCUCAUUGACGGUGCAAUAAUCAAGCGGGCGGUGACGAACCCCGACCCCAAGGUUUUGGAGUUGGUAUUUGGCUUUGGCCGGCCCUCAGUCUCGUCGACCACCAGCGCGUUGAACGACUUGGUGCCUCUGCCAUCCACCGAGGGCAAAGGAUGGAAACUCAAAAUCAUCACAGCCAAAUUAAACCACAAAGAGGACCUAAGUUGGGUGAUGGUGCACGAGGUACAAUCUUUGUCCAAGACCGGGAUCGAUUCGGCCUCGCUCUCGACUCUAAAGCAGCUGCUGGCUUCUGGCGCAGACCCAAACGCAUACAAGGCUGCAGCUCUUUGUCAUGCCGUGAUUGCCGCAAAUACCCAGGUUGUUGAUAUGCUGUUCGCGUCCAGUCAUCCUCCCACACCGGCAGCCCUGGGCAUGGCGCUCCCUCACGCCUUACGAAUUGCAGAGCCUAUGGAGCGACUAGCAUUGACCAAGAAGCUCGUAGAGGCGGGGGCGCACCCUCUCGAGAGCAACAGGGCCUUGACACACGCAGUCGCUACGUAUACGGAAGAUGUCGGGCUUCUCAAGGUCCUGGCUGCUGCUGCCGAUACUUCAGAUGGGGAGGCCUUGUCUGCGUCGGUGGCGAAAGAAGUCCCUGAGAUUCUAGACAUUUUGCUCAAGCAAAGUCAAUGCUCGGUCGGCAGUCGCAGUGUGACACUGGGCAAGGCAAUGGAGGCCAAGAAUCGCUCUGCGCGACAUGACAUGUGCCAGAGCCUUUUGAAGGCUGGGGUCUCAGCUGAGGCCGCCUCGAGCGCUUUGCUGGUCGCGGCUCGUGAGGGCGACUCACGACUUGGAGACCUUCUCAUGGCUCAUGGCGCAAGCAUCGCGAACAAUGGUGGCCAGGCGAUUAUUGAGUCUUGUCGGGGAGGGUCCCCAGAGGUCCUUGCCGUGCUUCUAAAAUCUGAUCCCAGCACCAGCAAAGCGACUUUGGAGGCAGGAUUUCAAGCCGCUACGGAGGUCAGAGACUUGAACAAACGAGCGGUGAUAUUCGACCAGCUGCUCAAGAGGGGCGUUAGAGGCGAGCUCGUCGACCAGCAACUCGAGUCGGCCGCGCGAUACGGCGAGGAGGGCCAGCAGAUCUUGAAAGCUCUGCUCUUGGCUGGAGCCGAUCCGAACCACAAUAGCGGCGAGGCCGUUGUCGCUGCUACCCGGAGCGCCUUUAUAUCGAGCCUAGAACUCCUCCUAGGCCUGUGGAACGACGGCAGUAGCCAGAAGAGACCAUCCCAGCCAACACUUGUACGCGCCCUCAAGGCCUCUUGGGGUCUCACGCGCGACAAUCGCUUUCGAAUCAUUGGUGAUUUGAUCAAGGCUGGUCUGCAGAUUACCGAGGACUUACACAUUGCCCUGAAUGACGCUGUCAACGAGAACGACCCUGAGGAGCGACUUGUCCGACUGCUUCUCCAGCAUGGUGCUUCGCCCUCUGCUAACGAUUGCAAGACGCUUGUCGACGCAGCUCAGAAUGCGGCAUCUGGGUCUCUCGCGCUUCUCUUGGAGAAGAAGAUACCACAGAAGGACAUGACGCGUGCCUUCAACCAGUCAUUCACGGCGGAGAUGUUUGAGAAAUGGUUCACGGAUGCUGGACUCGAGACGUCGCAGAUGCUCCUGGAGAGGGGCGCGAGCGGAGAUGCCAUAAGCUCAGCUUUAGUUCUCGUCAUGAAGCAUUCCACAGCAGAGACGCGCAUUUUAGCCGACAGAUUCUUCGACCUUUUCAUGUCUCACAAUCUCGACGUCAACUACAACAAUGGCGAACCCCUACAGCAGGCUGCGUCGAAGGCAGACGUUCCGUGGACAUCGCGUCUCCUGGAGCUCCAUCCUAGCGCCGUGACUCUGUCGCUUUCCUUCCAGUGCAUUUUUGAUACGGCGCUGUCACAGGAUGGUGUCUUGGACCUAUUCAAGAUGUUUGCCGAAUAUCAGGAAGGUGACGCCCGAAUCGACGUCUUGAUAGGGCAGCAGGGAACGGAGCCUGUGCUUGUGAGGGCAAUCAAACAGUACCCAAGGUCGACGAAGAUUCUCUCCACGCUUCUGGACGCCGGAUUCUACUACGACCAGGCAACAACGUGCCAGAUUCACGAAGACGUCGACGCGGAGGAAGUCACACUCCUCACUUGGGCCAUCGCACAGCCGCAGAAGCGUGUCAGCACGGGCGUCAUUGAACUUCUCAUCGAGAGAGGCGCCAAGGUCAAUGUAGAGUCAAGCCUGUCGCAAACAACCCCGCUGAUGCUGGCUGUGCAAACAAAGCGGCCUGACCUGGUCAAAUCAUUGCUACUAGAAGGUGCCGACGCCGACGCCAUCGACUACCUAGGCAGGACGUCUCUAUCUAUGGCGACGCACAUUGGUGGCGACAUUGCCGUCCAAAUGAUGUCGAGUCUACUUGCGGCUGAACCUGCCAGGGACGACGGUUCACUGCACAAUGCGGCCCGAGACCUGAACCUGGCAGCCGUCAAGGUCCUCGUCCAGUCUGGCCACGACCCGGACUACCCGAGCCAGCUGCAUGGUGGGCGAAGCGCACUAGGUGAGGUCUGCCUCCAUGGCUCGGACGCUGCAGAAAUGACUGCGGACCGCGAGCGGGCCAUGCAAAAGGUGAUGACCUUCCUUAUCGAUUCCAACUCGGACUUGGCCGUCAGGACGAACGGCAAGUCUCUGUUGUAUCUCUGCUUCGAUGCCGCAGAUGCAGUCGUGACCACUCGUGCGCUCCUCAAGAGCGGCAUGUGGAAAAAUAUCAACAAGCCGUUCAACCAAUAUGUCGACGGCAACUAUACGUACUCCCCCACCAUGUACAUUACAAAGGUCCUGGCACAGUCGGAUGUCGGCGAGCAACUCUUGUCCGUCCUCCGAGCCAGUAGAGCAAACGACGUCUUUUUCGCGAACGAGGGCGCACAACCCGAAGGGGCAGUCGGGCUGCCAGAAGACAUGGCGGUUCAGGAGCGCGCGCGAAAGGCGCGGGCAACCCGCAUCGCGGAGGAGACAGAGGAGUUUUCCAUAGCGAUGGCGCGGAAGCGCGAGAUCGCCAGCGUCGAACAGCAGAUCCUCGCGCAAAAAGCCGAGAUGGAAGACGCCCGCCGCCGGAAGCUGUACGGCGAAGACGUCGCCGCCCUUCGCUCCCGCGCCCAGGUGGAGGAGUCGCUCGCGGCCGCCGCCCACCAGCGCCGCCUAACGGAGCAGCGCGCCGUCGCCGACAUGUCGGUGAGCCGCACGCGCGCGCUCGCCUCGACGGAGCUCGAGGCCGAGGAGGCGCGCCAGCGCAAGGCCCUCGAGUGGGAGGCGCGGCUCAACACGGAGCGCGUCGAUAACGCCCGCGCCCUCAGCUCCAUCCGCAUCAGCGAGCGCCAGGAGGUGGAGCGCAUCGACAAGGGCGCCGAGAGCCGCAUCAAGGGCCGCCUCGACGCCCAGCGCAAGCUCGUAGAGAGCCAGGAGAAGCUCGCGAAGCGCCUGGCAGACGGGCCCAACGGCGGGCAGCACAUGGGUAACGGCGCCGCGACGGCGAGGCAGAUUGGUUAUGUCACGGAGUUGAACUGAAGAAAGAGGACUUGACGGCGGCGGCAGGAUAUAAAGACGAGCCGGCCCGGAACAAGAACGGGAGAAGGAAGCAUUUCAGUGAGCGACUUGGGCGUCAUGCAUGGCGUUUACGGCACAUGGGGUUUGAAGGAUAGCAGAUAAUGUUUGUUUGACGCGUCACGACAGCAUUGCCAAAAUAGCAUGAAAGGGUUAUUAGCUCUUGUGUGUAACAUUGAUUUCCCAUAGCUCCUUUACGCCCUGGUCGCAUUCAGUGCUACAUGAUACACUCUGAGCCAGUGCCA